AUGAAUCCGUCUCAAAUCAACCAUGAUGCUUCGUUCAAAGAGCAUGACUCUUUGAUCGUUGGUGCAGGUUUCGGCGGUGUAUACCAGCUUAAGAUGCUGCGCGAUGCUGGCUACAGUGUCAAGCUUGUGGAACGCGGAUCAGAUUACGGAGGUAUUUGGUACUGGAACCGGUAUCCCGGUGCACGCGUCGACAGUGCCAUCCCCCACUAUGAAUUCUCCGAUCCAGCAUUAUGGCAGGGAUGGACAUGGAAGCAACGCUUUCCAGGCAGCGAGGAACUCCGUGCCUACUUCCAAUAUGUGGCCAAGGUAUGGGACCUGAGGAAGGAUACGACUGAUACCGGGGUGACUUAUAAGGUGAAGUUCCUACUGCUGAACACCGGCUUUGCAGCGAAGCGGUAUGUUCCCAACUGGAAAGGAAUCGAGUCUUUCAAAGGAACUUUCUUACACCCAUCGAAUUGGCCUUAUGAAGAGCCUGACUUUCGGGAUAAAAAGGUAGCUAUUGUCGGUACUGGAUCAACUGGCAUCCAAUUGGCCCAAGAGCUAAGCAAGGUUGCGGGCCAUCUUACUGUGUUUCAACGGACGCUGAACAUGUCGUUGCCAAUGGGACAAGUGGACUACGAGCCUCCCCAGCAAGCAAUUCCUAAGCCUGAUUAUCCGAAACUCUUUGCUGAACGGUCAGGUAGCUUCUCAGGUUUCUCUUUCAAUUUCCUUCCACGCUCAACCUUUGACGAUACACCAGAACGACGACUCAAAACAUACGAGGAAUUAUGGAAACAAGGGGACUUCAAGUUCUGGCUUGCAACAUACAGUGAUAUGAUUUUCACCCAAGAAGCCAACCGUGAAGCAUACAACUUCUGGCGCGACAAGACACGAGCCAAGAUAAAUUCACCCAAGGUUGCGGACAUUCUUGCACCUAUGGAACAACCGUACCCCUUCGGAUGUAAACGUAUAUCGUUGGAGAAUGAGUACUUUGAAAUGUACAACAAAAUGAACGUCUCUUUGGUUGACGUGAGUGACAAGGGUACGCCGAUCCAGGAAAUCACUGAGAUCGGGGUCAAAACCAUUGAUAAUGAGUAUGAGUUUGACUACAUCAUCAGCGCGACAGGAUACGACGCAAUCACAGGAGGGCUGAAACAAAUUGAUAUCCGCGGCUCGUCGGGCGAAAGCUUGAGUGAGCACUGGAAAGAUGGCACAAAGACGUAUCUCGGCAUGGCAGUGGCAGGCUUCCCCAAUAUGUUCUUUACAUACGGCCCGCAAGCACCAACUGCCUUUUGCAAUGGACCAACAUGUGCUGAACUUCAGGGCAACUGGAUUUUACAAAUGAUCAACUACGUGAAGCGAAAUUCGCUCCGCAAGAUCCAAGCACAGGAGAUGAGUGAAGAUGCAUGGAAGGAGCUUGUAUGGAAGCUUGCGAACGCAUCCUUACUACCGAGCGUAGAUUCUUGGUAUAUGGGUACCAACGUUCCAGGGAAGACCAGGGAGCCAUUGAUCUACCUCGGUGGAGUGCCGAGUUAUUACAAGAUUAUCAACGAAACGGCAGCGAGUGGGUAUAACGGUUUCACAAUUUCGUAA